AACGUUGUUAAUGACGCAUGGAUGAGUCCCACAGCAAAACUGCAAGGGGCUUUUUGAGCAGACAAGACCACUUAGACGCCUCUCUUGUUUCUUCAUUUCACUGCUCUAGUCAAGAACCUUCUGUACAUGCAUGACUUGGAAGCAAUAAACCUGUUUCACUGCAAAGCGCUUAAUCCCACUGAGUGUCUGAUGCUCUGAGAUGUUCAUCAGCUGGCAGCAACCUGCCCUCCUUUAGUGGCCCCUGGGUUCAUAACUGAGGACUAAUUCAGAGAGAACUUGAUAGUGAAAAAAAGACCUGCCUGAAACGGGCAUGGGCACACGUGUGGUAUAGCGACUGACACGCAACAAACGCACGCCGAUAGAGAGCAGUCAGUGUGUUCCACAGCCUCACUUCUGCUGUCCUUAAGGGAAGAAAACGAUCCCAAAAGUGUGAGCUUUGUGAGAUGGUCAGCGAAGGCAGAGCGGAUCAUUAAUUCCUUUUAUUUCUUUAAUUUGUUACACGGAGGGACAUGUGGGCCGAACCAGGAGCUCGUUUGCUCAAGAAAAGGGUUACACAGGGUCACGGGGGUGAUCUGCAGACGCUGACCAGCAGCUCUGUGUGCUCAAGGAGGCAAAGGAGUGAUGCAGACAGGAAAGGAAGGUUGUACACGCGAGAGUGAGUGUGAAUAUUGGCCAGGUGAAGACGGUUUGGAAUGUUGGAAAUCGGGAAUUUAAAUGCAGUAGAAAGAGGAAAGUCGGGAUGCAGAGGAACCCGAGAUGAACAAAGAAAAAAUAAAACGUCUUCCAAAGUGAAGGUGGUUUGUGGGAUUAUUUUCUCACCAGACAUAGAUGGUGACAUGAUGUUUCCUAAGCUGAGCUCUGAACCUUUUGCACUCUUCUCACUCUCCGUUUGUGAAGGAGAGCGUUGGAACCCCAAAGCUCUCCCGGUUGGUCUGGGAAUCUUCUGGAUCUCCUGCAUAGAAGAGACCUCAGAGGUCCCAGCAGACGGGACAUUUUAUUACCUUCCAAGCAGAUAUGUCCUUCCCUUUUUUCCUUUGAGGCACUGACACUAAGAACUGACACGGCAACAUGAUGUGCCUCUUGAUCCUGUAGCGUCAAAAGCUCUGCCUUCUCACGAACCGACACGACAGAAAAAUGGAACCACGGAUGAAAAGGCGUAAUUUAGAGUUUCACAGAGCAUCAGAAGAACCAAGUGCCACACACUCCAAACUCUUUGUUUCAAAAGACCUUCCUGCCUUAACCUGUUGUGUAUCGAUGUCAUCUGGGGCAAUAGCCAAUGUCUCAGAAAUAAAGCAGACUCAUUUGUCUGCAGUACCACCUUCAUCAGCUCCUCCAGCACCCGAGACAGAAUCAUCUAUGUCCGGUUUCCCCCAAGAAGAUAGGCCUGAAGUCUUAAUGAAUUUUGAGGGUGAAGAACAUUUGGUAGAGAACCAAGAGAUGACAUCAGGACCCUCUUCAUUAGAACCUACAGUAAUAAGCGAGGAGCAUUUUCAUAAAUGUACUCCUACCCAUGUUCAACUUAAGAUGCAAGAUCAACCAACCUCCAUGAAGUCCAGCUUCUUCACAAAAUCCGCUGAGGGUUGUGGACCUGUCUCUGUACAGGAGACAGAUAUUAUAGAGUGUAAGAUUUUAGGGGACAAAAACAGUGAAAUUAUCGUGCAGGAAAUGAAGGGGACCAGACCUAGUGAGGAAACCCUUUGUGAAGAAGAUCUUUUUAUUUCCACAUCAGAUGUCAGAAAAGUAUGGCAUCCACCCCAGGUUUGGAGACCACAAGGUCUACUGCCAGGUCAGUUAUCAGGGCAUCCAGAAAACCCCAUAACAAAAGGGGUGGAAGGCCCCAGUGAAGAAAAUUCUAGUCCCUCAGUCUCCUGUGCUCUUCAGAAAACUCUAAAAGAGGCAGUCAAGUCUUUGAGCUCUUCGGAUAUGAAUGCGUCUUUUCCUCUCCCAACGACACGUGAGCAUGUUGUAAAACCAAAGCAGAACCUAGAUGAAUCUCUGGGGAUAGAAAGGGGGGGGACAGGGCCCAGCUUCACAAAUCCACACGAGUGUUUUACUGAUGAUGAAAAAAUUAAAAUAGAUGUGAAAGGCGGACCAAGACCCUUAAAGAGAUGUUCAGCUGAACAUACUGAGGCAGCGCAGGAUGCUGGAGAACAUGGGAGAGACAUAUCUGAAGGGCAUCACAGUGACGAGGUCUCACUUCAUGAAAUAAAUGCAUGUGCAUGUGUAAGAGCUGCAGUUCUGCUCUCAGAGAUGUCAAAACUAGUAAUUCAAAAAAGCAGCAUAGAUGAAAGUGCAGCACCUUUAGCAGAUUCUCUUACGUUAGAAGGCCCACAAAAGAGGUUAACGUCAAAAGCAGGAAGUACUUCGGUGAAAGAGACGCUUUCAAAAGCUGCUGCUGCUGGUAUCAAACAAGAGGAUGGAGCCUUCAGUGAGAUUAAUAAUCCCUGCAGUCCACCGGCUGAGACAGGCAGUCCAAUGUCCCCAGAGUCGGAAAUGUCCACUGAGGUGGACAGCACACUCUGUGAUGAAAACACCAAGCACGAGUUUCGUUCGUCAUUCUUCCCAGCAGAUGUUCCUCCGCUUCAAGCGUUAAGCGAUCCUUUCGAAUCACCUUCAGAAGCCAGCAGUGGUUUCAUGGCCUCCUCAGAAAAUCCUUCCUUCCCCGUUGACGGUAAACACUCACCGGCCCCUACCGGUGCUGUCUUCUCUUGCUCAAACUUCUUGAGAUACUGUGAGGAGGAGGACACGUCUUCUGUCCCACCGAGCCCAAAGGAAGUGAGCUCCACCACAGAAGCGGUGCCUACAGUCUCCCGGGGGAGCCAGGGGGGAAACGUUGAGGGCGUCCCCCCAGCAGUCCUUCAGCCUCUCGCACAUAGUCGACUCGCUGAAACCGAGAUGUUGGUGUUGGUCGUGGAGAGAGGCACGAACUAUAUGAGUGGAGCUGCUGAAGAUGAUAAUGUUUGUGAGGUAGCAGGUGGCAGUAGGAGGGCAAAGAGCCCCACUGUGCUGCUGGUGGUCAAACCCCAGGAAGGAAGGGCAGAGCCCACCCAUCAGUGCGUCUUAGAGCUUCAUCUUGAGGAAGACGGUUCAUCAAGGCCUCCUUCCCCUCAGGAGAUCUUGGUGGAAGUAGAAAUGCGAGCGAACAAGGUGGAGCAGCAUGAGGGACACAUGGAAAUCACAGCAGUUCCACAGAACACGGUGGGAAACAUGAGUGUGGACCUUUCCCUCGGCUUCCUGCCCGGUCCCCACGCGGAGAACCUGUUUGACUUUGUCCAGCAGGAGACUGAUGAUGUGACCGUAGCGUUUGAGCUCACAGAAAUACCACCGAGGUUCAUAGACCCAGUGUGCGACACGGAGGCCCCUGACUGUGGCAACGCAGAGUCCGAGUGCUCUUUGGUGGGACGUCCUGCACCGGCAGCCACCUGGUUCAACGAUGGUCUCAGAGUCCCACACAAUGGACAGAAGUAUCUCUGCGAGUCAGAUGCAGACAAACAUCUCGUGCAGAGUUUGAGCGCGAGCCCCUGUGGCAGCGAUGCGUGCAGCUGUGAGGCUGUAGACGAGGCGACCGAGACGCUCUGCAGUUCCUCUCUCCAUGUCGUCCGCUCUCAGGCUGCGCCAGGAACGGAAGGAGGGAACAUCGCUCAUCCCGGCGGCGCCGAAGCUGCAUCCCAUAUGUUCCACUUUGACGUUGGAGGUUCAUCGGCACAUGGAGAUGACGCUUCUGAGAUAGAGCUGGAGUUGGAAUUUGGCUCCGGAGCAGAGGAGCCGCAGGAAGGGGUCAGAGUCGUGGCGAAGAGCGAAGACCACGCAACCUCACAGAGGGAGUCUCUCCAUCUCAACAUUUUCUCUCGAGCGACUGAAGGCGAGAAGGUCCGGCUGGAUGCAAAGGACUCGGAUGCCUGCAGCUUUCGGUUCUCGGUUGGGGAGAGUUCUUCUCUUUAGCAGCCAAUACCUUGAGGAGACGGGAGAAGGGGGCAUCGGAGCCCCGCUGGCUGCUCGCCGCAGAAACGCCGGAAGGUGUAAGCGACAGACGCCCUUCGACACACCAGGAGGGAGUGGAGUCGCACUGAAAACUCUUCAUUUCACGAUUGAUCUUCUUUCAACAUUUUAAUCGCUCUGUUAUUUGUGUUCCACACCAUGGCAACUGGGGGCAAACUGUUGCUUUUUCUCUUGAUUAAACAACAAUAGAAGCA